AAAUGAUGUAACAUUCAUAAAUACUUCAAGUAUCAUUUCCGUGCGUUGCAAGAUCUAAUUUUUUUUCUGUUUUCGUUGGAUAAAGUACAACAGAGACAGAGAGAAAAAAAAUCAUGUAUUAGGCGCAAAACACACUUGUAUUUUUAUAAUGUUUAGAUUGUGGCUUCAUAAACGUUUUAAAUUUGAGACAUUUACUUUCUUUUUGACGUUAGGAAUUUUAAUACUUGGGAUAGGAUUGGCUGAAACAAAUGGAGAAAUGACUUACCGAGGGUUUGGUUACGUGGUGGAUUCCUGUCCUACCAAUGAGACAGAGUUUAUCACAGCAGCUACCAGACUGAACUGUAGUGAGGAUGAGUUUGGACGUAAUCAGUAUACAUGUGUCCCUAACGAAGACAUAUCAACUCUGGUAGAAUUCUGCUACAGCAAAAUCGUCGGGUUUUAUCAAAAGGGAAAUUGCUUGGUGACGACUGGGUAUGGAGCCUUAGAUCAAAUCAGUUGUCAGAACUUUACAACCGGUUGUCCAGCAGCAAACUUCCGAGGAACUGACCUAUACAAAUUUUCAGCUUGCAGUAAAAUCAACACAGAAGACCAAUGUUUUUAUGCAGAUCCAUCAUGUCCAAACAUCACAGAAUCCACAACUGUCCAUCCAAGUACAACGGCUGAUUUUCUGAAGACAACUACCAAUGCCACGAUGAAUAUAUUGACCACAGAGACUAGUACUGUAGAUCAGCUAACAAUGAUCAUUGGAAUUGCCAUCGCCUUCGGUGUAAUUCUACUACUGUCUCUAGUUCUUAUAAUUAAAAAGGUCUGCAAGAAACGGAAAUUAAAAACAGGAAACCAAGAAGAUCAAAUAGAAAUGCUAGUUAUGACACAGCCAGUGUGUACCUGAGAUCAAAGGGAUACAUCAAAGAACCUGACGAGAAGUGUGUCAUUAGUUAUGAAAGUAUCUAUAAUGACGUACUGAUAGACCGUCUACAGAUGAACAUACUGACUCACGUCACCAUGAAAGACACAAGUAUAUAUGAUGCAGUGUCUCAGAUCUUGGCGAUACCAAACGAGAUUGUACGAGGGAAUGAGGAUAGAAGAAAGACGUAUAUUGAGGCAUUGAAACAGAAAGGGGAGGUUGUACAUUAUAGAGGAAGAUCACAAGACAGUGUUGAUUACGUGACGUGGCUUUGGGGAUUCUUCAGACCUGACAUCGUGAAAUCUUGUAUAGGACUCCAUCCACACUGGGACAUUUAUAUCAUCGACAACAAAGCUUACAGAAAACCAAAUCAGUAUCACCAGUACAGUCCUGAUGUAAGAUGUCUCCUGUAUGGUCUUCUGUUGGUGGAACAGUAUACUCUUGAUGCCAAUAAACAGUCCCAUAGAGAAAUAUUGAAUAAACUCAGGGGAAAAUAUUUCAAAGAUUUACCUACAUAUGGUGAAAUAGACAUGUCAAAUAUUCCUGAAGGAGUAACUAAUAAACGAGGGAGCAGCAACACAUUUAUUUCGGAUGACAUUAAAAAUGACGUCAUGUACGCCUUUGUUACGGAGUGUUUGGUGGAGGGCGAUGAUUUGGAGUUUUUCCUGACCACGGCUUCACGUGACGUGAUCUCAGAAUACUGCCGGUCCUGGCAUUAUAAGAGGAGUGCCGGAGAAAGAUGUCUAUAUGUACCAGACAGACCGGUUAAGAUGUUCGAUCUCUUCAUUGACAAACUACAGCUGGACAUCAUCACGCACCGGACGAUGUCGGACAGGAAUAUUUAUGUUCGGAUCAUUAAGCGUUUAAAGAUGCCCCCAGGGGUACUGUCAUGGGACCUAACUGCAAAGAAAAGAUUCAUCGAAAUAUCCAAGCAAGGCAGAAAGAACAUGUGCCGAGCCAGGGGCAUGAUAGUAGGCUGCGCAGGGGCAGGAAAAACAACUCUUCUUAGACAGCUUCAGAGGAAACAAACAAGCGAUUCCCAAAGUUCAACUAAGACAACCAUAGGUCUUGAAAUCCAUGAAGAUUUGUUUGAAGUAAAAGAUGACACCUUAAAAGACUUCAAUUCGGAAAAGCAAAACACGGAAGAUGAAAUUGAUGUAACUGAAAAUCAAGACAAACAGGUCAUAAGUAUGACGGAUUUCGCCGGACAAGUAGCGUAUUACGCCUGUCAUCAGAUUUAUCUCUCAAGAAGACCGUUUUAUUUGGUUGUUAUGGACAUGUCUAAGGGACUGGAUGAAGUAGUUCACACACAAGACACUGAUGGAUACAACCCAAAUGAAUCUUUAUUUCACGGCUGGGCAUACAAAGAUUACUUCCUGUUCUGGUUGCGAUCAAUAAAAACGUACAGUGAGGACAGGAACAGAGAGGACACAACGAACAGUCCAGUUAUUCUUAUUGCCUCUCAUCAUGACUGUGUAGUGGUCACAUUUUAGCCGAUGGUCGGGGGACUAAAUUUUCUGGUCUUGUCGGUUGAAAGAACAUGAUCGGCCGACAGGAAUAUAGGGCGAAACAGAGCAGUCACAUUAAUUCCUAGGAACACUGAUGAC